GAGUCGUCUGCAUUACGCAACGAAAACACGAAGUUGUUCGGUAAAGCGGAUCUACACUGUGCUAUUAGUACCUGUGUUUUGUUGUUUGCAGUUGUCAGCUUAAACUCGUCGACCUAUCGAAAAUGCUGCCUUGCGUCAUUCGCCAGGUUAAAUUCUCCUCAACCCGUCGUUUUGGUCAUGCGAAAAAUGUUUUUCCAAAAAUACUUGGAAUCUGUCAUCGAAAUCUGGUUACCAGCGUAGAUCCUUCCAGUGGGUUAAGUGAAGAGCAGCAACAAAUAUACAAAACAGCUCUAAAUUUUGCUCAUCAGGAAAUGAGGCCUCACAUGGCUGAAUGGGAUGAGCAUGAAAUAUUCCCAGUUGACACCAUGAAAAAGGCUGCAGCCCUGGGAUUUGGUGCUAUUUAUGCAAGAGAUGAUUUUGGUGGCACAGGGCUUUCACGACUUGAUGCUUCCAUUGUAUUUGAAGCUCUAUCACAAGGUUGUGUUUCAACUACUGCCUACAUUAGCAUCCACAAUAUGUGUGCAUGGAUGAUAGAUACCUUUGGCACUGAAGAUUUGAGAAAACAUUGGGUCCCUCAACUUGCAAGUAUGGAAAAGCUUGCAUCAUAUUGCCUGACUGAACCUGGAGCUGGAUCAGAUGCAGGCUCUCUGAGCACCACAGCAAAGAAAUCUGGAGGUGAUCUUAUUCUCAACGGUUCAAAGGCUUUCAUCAGCGGUGGAGGCGAUACCGACGUAUACCUAAUAAUGUGUAGGACUGGUGAACCAGGUCCGAAAGGGAUUUCUUGUGUCCUCGUUGAAAAAGGAACGCCUGGCCUUAGUUUUGGGAAAAAGGAGAAAAAAAUCGGAUGGAAUUCACAACCUACUAGAGCCGUCAUUCUGGAAGAUUGCCGCGUUCCUGUCAGCAACGUGAUCGGCAAAGAGGGUCAGGGCUUUAGUAUUGCAAUGAAAGGAUUAAACGGUGGUCGAAUCAAUAUCGCGUCCUGCUCCUUGGGAGCAGCACAAGCAAGUCUGGAAAUUUCAAAAGAUCACCUCCAGGUGCGUAAGCAGUUUGGGAAGCCACUUGCUGAUUUUCAGCAUACCCAAUUUCAAAUCGCAAAAAUGGCUACAAAACUCGUUGCGUCAAGGAUGAUGAUUCGGAAUGCCGCCACGGCUUUGGAAGAGAGCCAUCCUAAUCACGUCACUCUGUGUUCAAUGGCCAAACUUUAUGCCACAGAAGCGUGUUUCGAAAUUGUCAAUACUGCUUUGCAGUUGCAUGGUGGCUAUGGCUACCUGAAGGAUUACCCCAUCCAACAAUAUCUCAGAGACAUUCGCGUGCACCUAAUCCUGGAGGGAACCAAUGAGGUCAUGCAAAUGGUGAUAGCCAAAGAUAUUCUGAAAUUCAAGUAAAUUAUUUGUAAGUACAUCCCUUGAUUUAGUCAGUUUCUUUUUAUUUUAUUAUAAUUUUUUUUUCUUAAUGAUUAUUUGCGUCGGGGGGGGGGUAGUGAUACAACUCGUAAAGUUUGGCUUUAUUGAGUAUAUUGUAAUAAAAUCAAACUGCCCAUCUU